AUGAUGUCGCCUGCAUCUCCACAACCGGUACCACCGCCUUUAAUCCGUAACCAUUCGACACUAUCAUCGUCUCCGAGUUCUACAUUCGAUAACGCGCCUGGGAAACACUACCUACAACAGGUUGAACCGGAGGCACUAGAAGAGUUGCUGGUAACGGAUGAACCAUUAGAUGGUUCACGGGUGGCACAACGAUCUACGGCAAAAACGGCGAAUAGCGUUUUUAAACAACGAUACCCAUCGUCAAAUCCCGGUCGUCGUCAACAACAAGCAUCAUCAGCAUCAUCUAUUACACCAGCAACAACAAGUAUGCAAUACGGAGUACCGAGUUUUCACCAUUCGGCGGGAACCGCGGGGAAUCCUUAUUUUAAUUAUAACCCUUCAGAUGUGGAGUUAUCCACUAUAGGAAUGGGGAUGAGUAUGUACGAGACUUUGAACCCACUUGCGGCGACUACUAUGCUAGUAUCUCCUGGUGGAGGAUCAGUUGGUUCACCAGUAUCUGGGAGUGGAAGAGCUGGGAAGAGGGGUGUAUAUGCACCUAUUGAUUCGAGUUACUAUUCGGCGUAUACGCAACCUACAGCUAGUGGGAGUGUGUUUGGAGGAAAUGCUGGAGGAGUAGAAAGUGUUUACGGGGGCAUGUCUACGGUAUUUGGGAAUGGGAUUAUGAAUGGGCAAAGUGUUAAUCCGCGGUACAUCUCUGGAAAGUCGGAAGGGGCUGUCGAUGCUGGCGGCAGAGGGAGAGAAGCGAUUUUGAGAAGGGUUAAGAGGGAUGCUGGGGUUUUUGAGGAAGAGUUAAAGAAGUUGGUGUCGGCACAGGAGGUGGCGUUAGGGAUAGUGGGAGAAAAUACUGGCCCUGGUGGCGCUAAGGGUACCAGGGCGGGAAAUGGGAAGAAGAAGAUGAGAAUUCAAGAAGUUAGAAGGGGUAUUUUGGAUGCCAUGGUUGGGUUGGCGGAUGUUAAGGCUGUCGAGGAGGAUUGGUACGGUGGAGAAGUCUUUGCUCGCGAUGAACUAGUAGGAAUAGCUGAGAAAUGGAUGAGAAAGAGGGGGAGAUUGGAGAAAGAAGUCGAGAAAGUUGAGGCAGGGAGUGAAGGGAAGGAGAUGGAGAUAGUCAGGGAGAGGUUGGAAGGUGUUGAAGAACAAAUACGGGUUCACGAGGCAGAGCUGAAGCGACUAAAGGCAGAGCAAUCGAGUAUGCUGGCCAAAAUCUCUGAUUUACAAUCUACGCUUUCAUCAAGGCUAUCGUCGUAUACGAGUUCGAUACAGAAGAUGUCGAAGGAUAUGACAGAGUUUUUAAAGUCGCCUAAUGCGCUUUUGCCUACACCUGACACGAAAGCCACAUUACCAUUUACUCCGGAGCAAGCUGUUGAAUACUGGCAGGAUGAGAAGGGGGUUUUAAAUGAGAAAAAGCAAGAAACAAGUCGUGAGCUUGAUGCGUUAAAGGAUGGCGUACUCAUAUGGCAGGAGACUGUGGGCCUUAUCGCUGAUUUUGAGGAUAUGAUGGCGAGGGAGCUUAUAGAAGCUCAAAGAGAGGCCCAAAAGGAAGCUAAACGACAAGCUGAGAUAAUAGAAGCUGAGAGGAGGAAGCUGAACCGCUCUAGAUCUCCGCAGAUUCGAACUUCAGUGUUUGGGAAACUUGAGGACGGAAGACCAGGCUCUUCGAGUACGAGCAGUGCCAGCGGGAGGAAUACACCGGUCUCGGCCUUUGCAAAUAGAAACAGGAAUAGAGCCGGGCUGGUGCAUGGUGGAAAUGGAAGUAUGUCGAGCUCUACAGAAACAUUUAAAGCCGCUAGUGGUAGUGGUGGUACAACCACGAAUACAGGGGCAACGGCAGCCAAUAUGGAAGUUCAACCAAAGAUACCAGAAGUUACGGCUGCAAAGCUUGUUGCGGGGAUUGAUAAUGUCAUCUCACAGCUAAAUAGUCGUCUGACACUUGCAGAACAGAAGGGAUGGACAUUACUUGUUUGCGUGUUGGGCGCGGAGAUGGAGAGUUAUAAGGAAGCGAGGGCGACGUUGAUGCCUCUGGUUGGCGGGCUGGUUGACACGAGUACGACAACCGAGACGGUUUCAAGAGUAAAAGGGAAGGGAAAGGGAAAGAUGGGCAGUCCUAGUAAUGGGCUAAUGAGUCCUAGCGAUGAUGCCUUGAAUGAGAGUUUGAAUGGAUUGGGAAUUGGAGGAGGAGCCAAUGGAUUCGAUGGACAGGCCAAUACCGAUAUCUCAGCGGAAAAUCACCAUAACAAUCACUGGAACUCUGAGAGUGAAAGCGAGAUAGACGAUCCAGCGGCUCUUUUUGGAGCUGAGAAUGGAGGGGAUAGCAGUCCUGAGUUGAGAGCUAGAGCUAGCCCAAGGGUGAGGAGGAUUAGGGCUAUGAGUGAGGAAGAGGAUGAACUGGAGUAUGCUGCCUUUGCGAGUCUAAAUCUACGGGAUGACAAUACGACUACACCGACCACGACUACGAGUGGAGCAGCAGCAGCAGGAGGAACUGGGAACGGGAGGGGAAGUGGGGGGAGCGGGAGGAGUACCGUUGUCGGAGAGGGUGUGAAGAAGGUGCAGAAGUCUGAUAUGGCUAGAGGUGGUGAGGAGGACGAUAUUCACGGAGCGUUCUUGGAGCGACGGGAUAGUGGAGAGAAGCCACCACUGAUAUGA